AUGGAGAGAGAACGGGAGGGAGAACGGGAGGGAGAGCGGGAGGGAGAGCGGGAGGGAGAACGGGAGGGAGAACGGGAGGGAGAGCGGGAGGGAGAACGGGAGGGAGAGCGGGAGGGAGAACGGGAGGGAGAACGGGAGGGAGAGCGGGAGGGAGAGCGGGAGGGAGAACGGGAGGGAGAACGGGAGGGAGAGCGGGAGGGAGAGCGGGAGGGAGAGCGGGAGGGAGAACGGGAGGGAGAACGGGAGGGAGAGCGGGAGGGAGAACGGGAGGGAGAACGGGAGGGAGAACGGGAGGGAGAGCGGGAGGGAGAGCGGGAGGGAGAACGGGAGGGAGAACGGGAGGGAGAGCGGGAGGGAGAGCGGGAGGGAGAGCGGGAGGGAGAGCGGGAGGGAGAGCGGGAGGGAGAGCGGGAGGGAGAGCGGGAGGGAGAGCGGGAGGGAGAGCGGGAGGGAGAGCGGGAGGGAGAACGGGAGGGAGAACGGGAGGGAGAACGGGAGGGAGAACGGGAGGGAGAGCGGGAGGGAGAGCGGGAGGGAAUGUUUUCCCGACCCUUCCCGGAUGAAUCCACGCGGUGGCAGUAG